GGUUACACUGAAACAAGAUCGCACCAGUGUACUCCAGCCUGGGAGACGGAGCAAGACUCCAUUUCAAAAAAGAAAAAAAAGAAGGAAGCCUACCUAACUAUUGCUUCUCCCCGCCAUCCUUCUCACAGCAUGACAAGUGUUAUUGUAAUGAAAUGUGCAGAGGGAGUAAUUGGCUUUGUCUGGGGAUCAGGAAAGGUUUCCCAAAGGAGGCGAAUUUUCAGCUAAACUUCUCAGGAUGUGGAGUGCUUCCUCCAGUUGUGGGAGAGAGAGAGGAGGAUAUUUCAGGUGAAGCAAACAGCUUUCCCCACUGUGGUAAGUUGCUCAGGGGCUCUACAGCACAGGUUCCUAAGAGCAAGGGAGCUUCCAUACUUCCAUGAGGCACUUAAAGAAACCCAUGAGUUUAGGCGGAAUUCAGACCUUCCACAGCUACCGAAAAAGCCUCGUGUGGGAGAUCGCUUUUCCAGCUUCCUGUAGGGGUCGCUGUUGCCCCAGAUUCAGCCAGUCUAUUCUAAGAAAACUCUUGAGGACGUCUUUGCUGGGGUGGUGGUGGGGUGCACCCUGGACCUGCCACCAUCCAAGGAGUGGCUUAAGGGUGGCAGUGCUCCCAAGCCUGAAGAAUAUGCACUCAGUCAAUGGCAUUUGGGAGUAGGGAGGGGGUGUAGCUGGCACUGAUAUUUUUCAGUCUCUGGGUCACCACAAGUUUAUUAAAAUAAAAGAAACUGGGUAAAUGCUGCCAUCUGUGCUGUCCCCACUACUAAUACAAACAGGCACACACACCCACAGACACACAUACACACACACACACACACACACACACACCCCAAGUCCCAGACUAGACGCAGGAGUUGAAACUGCUUUAAAAACCCUCUAAGGACUUAACUACAAACCCACAUUCCCCAUGCUUCUGGGGCUUAAGAUCUUUGAGCUCAUUCUUCAGCAUCUCUCCUUGGGAAGGUGGGGUGGGCUGCUCCACGAGGUGGAGGUGAAGACCCCUGAGUCUGCUCCGUGGAGGGGGAGGCCCCCUAAGCCUAGAGUCCCACUGUGGGGCUCUGUGCCAAGAGCCCCCGUGAGCCAUAGCCUCGAAAGGGCAGCGGUGAUUUUUUUCACAUAAAUAUAUCGCACUUAAAUGAGUUUAGACAGCAUGACAUCAGAGAGUAAUUAAAUUGGUUUGGGUUGGAAUUCCGUUUCCAAUUCCUGAGCUCAGGUUUGUAAAAGAUUUUUCUGAGCACCUGCAGGCCUGUGUGUGUGUGUGUGUGUGAAGUAUUUUCACUGGAAAGGAUUCAAAACUAGGGGGAAAAAAAACUGGAGCACACAGGCAGUAUUACGCCAUUCUUCCUUCUUGGAAAAAUCCCUCAGCCUUAUACAAGCCUCCUUCAAGCCCUCAGUCAGUUGUGCAGGAGAAAGGGGGCGGUCGGCUUUCUCCUUUCAAGAACGAGUUAUUUUCAGCUGCUGACUGGAGACGGUGCGCGUCUGGAUAGAGAGCAUUUCCACUAUGGGACUGGAUACAGACACACGCCCGGCAGACUUCAAGAGUCUCAGACUGAGGAGAAAGCCUUUCCUUCUGCUGUUACUGCUGCUGCCGCUGCUUUUGAAAGCCCACUCCUUUCAUGGUUUUUCCUGCCAAACCAGAGGCACCUUCGCUGCUGCCGCUGUUCUCUUUGGUGUCAUUCAGCGGCUGGCCAGAGGAUGAGACUCCCCAAACUCCUCACUUUCUUGCUUUGGUACCUGGCUUGGCUGGACCUGGAAUUCAUCUGCACGGUGUUGGGUGCCCCUGACUUGGGCCAGAGACCCCAGGGGGCCAAGCCCGGAUUGGCCAAAGCAGAGGCCAAGGAGAGGCCCCCUCUGGCCCAGAAUGUCUUCAGGCCAGGGGGUCACGGCUAUGGUGGGGGGUCCACCAAUGCCAAUGCCAGGGCAAAGGGAGGCACCGGGCAGACAGGAGGCCUGACACAGCCCAAGAAGGAUGAACCCAAAAAGCUGCCCCCAAGACUGGGUGGCCCUGAACCCAAGCCAGGACACCCUCCCCAAACAAGGCAGGCUACAGCACGGACUGUGACCCCAAAAGGACAGCUUCCCGGGGGCAAGCCACCCCCAAAGGCAGGAUCUGUCCCCAGCUCCUUCCUGCUGAAGAAGGCCAGGGAGCCUGGGCCCCCUCGAGAGCCUAAGGAGCCGUUCCGCCCGCCCCCCGUCACACCCCACGAGUACAUGCUCUCGCUGUACAGGACGCUGUCCGAUGCUGACAGAAAGGGAGCCAACAGCAGCGUGAAGUUGGAGGCUGGCCUGGCCAACACCAUCACCAGCUUUAUUGACAAAGGGCAAGAUGACCGAAGUCCCGUGGUCAGGAAGCAGAGGUACGUGUUUGACAUUAGUGCCCUGGAGAAGGAUGGGCUGCUGGGGGCCGAGCUGCGGAUCUUGCGGAGGAAGCCCGCGGACACCACCAAGCCAGCGGCCCCCGGAGGCGGGCGGGCUGCCCAGCUGAAGCUGUCCAGCUGCCCCAGCGGCCGGCAGCCGGCAGCCUUGCUGGAUGUGCGCUCCGUGCCAGGUCUGGAUGGAUCUGGCUGGGAGGUGUUCGACAUCUGGAAGCUCUUCCGAAACUUUAAGAACUCGGCCCAGCUGUGCCUGGAGCUGGAGGCCUGGGAACGGGGCCGGGCCGUGGACCUCCGUGGCCUGGGCUUCGAUCGUGCCGCCCGGCAGGUCCACGAGAAGGCCCUGUUCCUGGUUUUUGGCCGCACCAAGAAACGGGACCUGUUCUUUAAUGAGAUUAAGGCCCGCUCCGGCCAGGAUGAUAAGACUGUGUACGAGUACCUGUUCAGCCAGCGGCGAAAACGGCGGGCCCCACUGGCCACUCGCCAGGGCAAGCGACCCAGCAAGAACCUCAAGGCUCGCUGCAGUCGGAAGGCCCUUCAUGUCAACUUCAAGGACAUGGGCUGGGACGACUGGAUCAUCGCACCCCUUGAGUACGAGGCCUUCCACUGCGAGGGGCUGUGCGAGUUCCCUCUGCGCUCCCACCUGGAGCCCACGAACCAUGCAGUCAUCCAGACUCUGAUGAACUCCAUGGACCCUGAGUCCACACCACCCACCUGCUGUGUGCCCACGCGGCUCAGUCCCAUCAGCAUCCUCUUCAUUGACUCUGCCAACAACGUGGUGUAUAAGCAGUAUGAGGACAUGGUCGUGGAGUCAUGUGGCUGCAGGUAGCAGCACUGGCCCUCUGUCUUCCCGGGUGGCACAUCCGGAGAGCCCCUUCCUGCACUCCUGGAAUCACAGAGGGGUCAGGAAGCUGUGGCAGGAGCAUCUCCACUGCUUGCGUGAAAGGGGAUUCCAACAGGCUUGCUGGCUCUGUGAGUGUGACUUGGGCUAAAGGCCUCCUUUUAUCCACAAGUUCCCCUGGCUGAGGAUUGCUGCCUGUCUGCUGAUGUGACCAGUGGCAGGCCCAGGUCCAGGGAGACAGACUCUGAAUGGGACUGAGUCCCAGGAGACAGUGUUUUCCGAUGAGACUCAGCCCACCACUUCUCCUCACCUGGGUCUCCUAGGCCUCUGGCCUCUCCUAAGCACCUCUCAGGAGAGCCACAGGUGUCACUGCCUCCUCAAAUCACCUUUGUGCCUGGUGACUUCCUGUCCCUGCAACAGAUGAGAAGCUGAUUGGGCAAGGGUGGGAGAGAAGGGGAGAGGGCUUGGACAGGGUUGAGGAGUGUGAGGCUGUUAGACUGUUAGAUUAAAAUGUAUAUUGAUGAGAUAAAAAGCAAAACUGUGCCUAAAA